AGGGUUGGACUUCCAGCCAGGCUCUCGCUCUAGUCAUGAUUACUGACUCCUAUUUCUUCGCAUUCCACACGGAGCCUAUGCAUCCACACACUUCUCUUCCAACCUCUCAUCAUCCGAUCCUCUCCGCCGUCGCGCAUUUCGUUCUCGGCGCCGAUUGAUUUGUGACUGCUCAUCUUCGUUUUCCCCCUAUCUGAACUGGUUGUGUAAUACGUCUCUCUCUCUUGAUUGCUUUUUAUAUCAUGCUGUCGAAUUGUGUGAAAUUUUAUUUGGAUUGUGAUUUGGAUGCUGUGUAUCUCGAAUGUUGAUUAUUUCGUCUUCUACGACGCGAUCAAGAGUUUUUAUUGACUUCGCGCUCCAAUUAAUUACCUCGCUUUUGUUGAAACUAAUUUUAUCUGUUUGAGAUUCUCUGCUUCGGGAGUGAAUAUGUUUUUUGUUACUUCUCGAGCACCGCGCGUGUUUGUGAAUUGUGAGAGUGAGCAAUCCAGCAUUUCCACCAUGACUAUGAAAUUGUCAUGUUUCCAACGGCAUAUCUUACAAAAUUACAACAUCAUUUUUCUGGUAAUUCAAAAUAUUUGAAACACUCACGAUUGCAGAAAGGGGCGGAAUUAAUCUGAUAUUUGUGUGUGCCCUGUAUGUGAGUUGUAUACUGUUAACUUUUUAAUUUAUAAUUGCAUCAAAAUUGUGGACAGGUAUGAAAAGUUGAACAAUGCAGAAAUGUUAAGUUAAUACGAAAAAGCAGGCGAUAGCUAGUGGAGACAAUUUGAUUUGUUUUCUGGAGUAAGCUGACUGAAAACAUGAAUUGUGGAUGCUUUGGUGCAUCAUCCGUGCUCCAGAAGAGUAGCGAGUCUAGCAACAAACAUGUUCAUAACUCGAAACAUGAUCAAGAAGUUUUUUUACUAAACAGCAAUCAUCAUCACAAGGACGAGAACUUUCUUAUUUGAUGAAUUGCGAGCAGCAACAAACAACUUCAAUCGAAGUAACAAAAUAGGACGAGGAGGUUUUGGUAUAGUUUACAAGGGAAUUUUGAAAAACGGAAUGGUAGUUGCAAUAAAGAUGCUCUCUGCUGAGUCAAAGCAGGGAGAGCGUGAGUUUUUAACAGAGAUUGAGACUAUUUCUAAUGUCAAACACCCGAAUCUAGUUCAGUUACUUGGGUGCUGUGUUCAUGGACGUGACCAGAUUUUGGUGUAUGAAUAUUUAGUAAAUAACAGCAUUGAUCGUGCAUUGCUAGGUCCAAUGAGAUCCGUAAAACUUGAUUGGGAGAGAAGGUCUGCCAUCUGCUUGGGUACCGCCAGAGGGCUUGAAUUCCUUCACGAACAACUGGUGCCUCGCAUCGUGCAUAGAGACAUCAAAGGUAGCAAUAUACUUUUGGACGCGGACUUCCAACCAAAAAUUGGAGACUUUGGAUUGGCUAAACUUUUCCCGGACAAUAUAUCCCACAUUACCACAAAAAUAGCAGGAACGACAGGUUACCUUGCUCCUGAAUAUGCAUUAGGCGGUCAUUUGACAGUGAAGGCCGAUGUCUAUAGCUAUGGGAUUCUUACACUCGAAGUUGUAAGUGGCAGAUCUUGGGCGAAUGCUGAUCAUGGAGGCGCUCAAAAGUUGCUAGCUGAAUGGGCAUGGGAGCUAUAUCAAGAAGAAAAACUGCUGGAUCUGGUUGACCCUGAACUGGAAGAAUUUCCGGAGAAGGAGGUUCUGAGGUACGUGAAAGUUGCCCUCUUCUGUACGCAAGCAGCCGCAAGCAGAAGGCCAUUGAUGAGCCAGGUGAUAGAGAUGCUAUCAAGAAAUGUUCGACUCAAUGUGAAUGAACUCACACCUCCGGGUUUCUUCGAUGAUUCAGCAAGUCUUAAUGGUGGAUCAGCAAAGGAUAAGUUAUCCGGCGCUUCAACCAGUUAUCAGAUGAACUCUUUUGCCUCCACAAUCACUCAGGUGACCCCAAGAUGAGGUUGGAUUCUACUUCCUUCAAUACACCUCCUUCAUUUUCUUAUUUGUAAAGUGACCCAAUACCAAAAUAUGUUAAUUCGUUUCUACUCUAUUUCAAAAUAAAAUAUGCCAGUAUAUGGGCUUCAAA